AUGGCCGGGGCGGCGGCGCUGACGACGGUGCGCACCGAGGGCGAGGGGCCGCCCGGCGGGACCCCCCCGCCCCGCCGCCGGGGGCUGCUGGCGGCACCGCGCCCCGGGGCCGCCCCCCGCCCCGCCGGGCCCCCGCGCUGCUGCCGCCGCCGCCUGCAGAACUGUCUCUACAACGUGCUGGAGCGGCCCCGCGGGUGGGCCUUCGUCUACCACGUCUUCAUAUUCCUCCUCGUCUUCAGCUGCUUGGUGCUGUCGGUCUUCUCCACCAUCCAGGAGCACCAGAAACUGGCCAACCAGUGCCUCUUCAUCCUGGAGUUCGUCAUGAUCGUGGUGUUCGGCAUGGAGUACAUCGUCCGCGUCUGGGCGGCCGGCUGCUGCUGCCGCUACCGGGGCUGGAGGGGUCGCUUCCGCUUUGCCAGGAAACCCUUCUGCGUUAUAGAUUUCAUUGUCUUCAUCGCCUCGGUGGCCGUCAUCGCUGCCGGCACCCAGGGCAACAUCUUCGCCACCUCGGCGCUGCGCAGCAUGCGCUUCCUGCAGAUCCUGCGCAUGGUGCGCAUGGACCGUCGCGGCGGCACCUGGAAGCUGCUGGGCUCCGUCGUCUAUGCCCACAGCAAGGAGCUCAUCACCGCCUGGUACAUCGGCUUCCUGGUGCUCAUCUUCUCCUCCUUCCUCGUCUACCUGGCUGAGAAAGACGCCAACGCUCAGUUUGCCACCUACGCCGACUCCCUGUGGUGGGGCACGGCCUCCGCCUGCUCUGCCCCCGCACAGGUCACCCUCACCACCAUCGGCUAUGGGGACAAGACGCCGCAGACGUGGCUGGGACGGAUGCUGGCGGCCGGCUUCGCCCUGCUCGGCAUCUCCUUCUUCGCGCUGCCCGCUGGGAUCCUGGGCUCCGGCUUCGCCCUCAAAGUGCAGGAGCAGCAUCGGCAGAAGCACUUUGAGAAGAGACGGACUCCGGCGGCGAACCUGAUCCAGGCUGCCUGGCGCCUGUACUCGACGGACGCCAGCCGCGCGUACCUGACGGCCACCUGGUGUUACUACGACAGCCUCCUGCCCUCCUUCAGAGAGCUGGUCCUAAUGUUUGAGCAUUUACACCGAGUCCGCAACGGAGGAUUUAGGAAUUCAGAGGUGAAAAAAUUGCCCGACGGAGCCCCACCGCCUUAUCACUCCUUCACCCCUGGCCAGAAAAGCAUCAGCCCUGCCGCUUGCUCGGGGGAAAGCAACAAGAUGGGCAUCAAGGACCGCAUCCGGCUGAGCAGCUCGCAACGGCAGGGCAGCCGGGGCAGGCAGCACCUGGGGCCCCCCCUGCACCGCUCCCCCAGCACUGAGGACGUCCCCGAGGCCUCCAGCCCCACCAAGGUGCAGAAGAGCUGGAGCUUCAACGACCGGACCCGGUUCCGUGCAUCCCUCAGGCUCAAGCCACGGACCCCGGUCGAGGCCGACUGCCCGCCGGAGGACAGCGGUGAGGAGAAGAGCUCCCACUGUGACCUGACCUUCGAGGACAUCAUGCCGGCAGUGAAGACCGUCAUCCGGGCUGUCAGGAUCUUGAAGUUCCUGGUGGCCAAGAGGAAGUUCAAGGAGACCUUGCGUCCCUACGAUGUCAAGGAUGUCAUCGAGCAGUACUCGGCCGGCCACCUGGACAUGCUGGGCAGAAUCAAGAGCCUGCAGAUGCGCGUGGACCAGAUCAUGGGCAGGGGGGCCCUCACUGCGGACAAGAAGACGCGGGAGAAGGGGGAGAAGCCGGUGCUGGAGACGGAGCUGGUGGAUGAGCUCAGCAUGAUGGGGCGCGUGGUCAAAGUGGAGAGGCAGGUGCAGUCCAUAGAGCACAAGCUGGACCUGCUGCUCGGCAUCUACUCCCAGUGCCUCCGCAAGGGCUCCACCAACUCCUUCAGCCUUGCCGCCGUGCAGGUGCCCCCCGGCGAGCCCGACAUCACCUCCGACUACCACAGCCCCGUGGACCACGAGGACAUCUCCAUCUCUGCCCAGACCCUGAACAUCUCCAGGUCGGCCAGCACCAACAUGGACUGAGCGGGAAGGCAGCAGGAUGGAUCCUGCCUGCGUGCAGCCGGUGGGACGGGGCGCUGGGACGUGGGAGCAGCGUGGCAUCGCCCGGCCCCGUCUAGCCACUUCCCUCGCCAUCUUACUUGAACCAAGUCUUCCUUUGUGGGGGGACGGCUGCAGCGGGUGCCCGCUCUGGGGAUGGGGUGGAAGCCCGUGGCACUGCGGCAUGGCCAGCCCAUGCUCCCGGGAUGCUCCUGCCCUUCCCGGGGGGUGAGACCCCCCCAGCUCCUGGGGCCUUGAGUGCUCCCCAGCCAUGGUGGGGAUGCUCCAGCCUGGCCCUGGCCCUGUUGACUCGUAGCCCCAGCCCUCAGGACACAUCCAGCUCCUCUGUGAGGUCCUGCUUGGUCGCCCAGAGCCGAGCCGGGGACGCCGCCAGCUAUGCAAGGCUCCAUCUCCCUCCGCCCCCGGUGCCGAGCAGGGGUGUUGGGGCACGACCCAACAUGGUUUUACCUGCGUUGCUCCGGGUCGGGGCAGCGGUGGGGGCCCCCCCAGGUCGGGGAGUGGGGGUCUGUCCCCCAUCGUGCUCCUUUGCCCGGGUUAUUUCCCUGCUGCCAAGGCUGCACCUCUAGAAGCACAGCAGAGCCUUCUGCCUGCCCGUGCAUGCUUCCAGGGCAAUAUAUAUAUAGGAGAUAUAUAUAUAUAUUUAUGCAAUAAUGUCUUAAUAUGCAACACCCCCGGGAAGAGCAACCCGUGGGGCCAUAGGCAAUAAGUAACCCCCCUACCAGCACACAGGGCUGGAUCCUGCUGCCUGUAGGGGCCCAGCGGGCUCAGGGCUGGGUGACAAACCUGCUGGAGGGUGGCCCUGGGGACACGGGGCUGCGCAGGGGCUGUGGAGGACAGAGGGAUGCAGGCACAGGUGAUGGGGACAGUGGUCCCCAAGGAGCAUCUCUCCCUCUUGUGUCCCAACCCCUGCUGUUGGUUAGAGGACUCCUUCCCUGCUGGGUCCUGUGGGUCCCGCGGUGCUCGGUUUGUCCCUCCCCGUGUCCCCAUCCCUUCCAUGUCCCGAGGAGCACAGGCCGGGCCUGGGGAGGGGGGUGACAGCCCAGUGGGGACAGAGUGGCUGUGCAUGUCCCUUGUAUGCCGCUUGCGGCAGAGCCACAGCAGCUCCCGCGCUGCCUUGCUCCCCUUUGCUGCCCCGACCCCAGUCCCGGGGCUGGUUUCCAGUCCCACAGCGCUGGGCUGAGCCAGGCUGGAAACGAUCGUGGUAGUGCCAAAGUUUGUCGAGCUGGGGCUGGUGGGGGGCUGGGGGUCCUGGGGGGUCUCGGUGCCCUACGGAGGCUGUCAGGGACCGGCAGUCAGACCUGCUGGGAUCUGGCCUGGGCUGGUGGGCACCCACCGAGCCGUGGGAUUUGCACCCGUAUACCUCUGCUCCCAGCAGCAGGGACCCCCCCCCACCCCCUGCUCGUUUUUUCUUGCCUCGUUAAGUGCAUGUGGCCAGCGCAGGCUGUGCCAGAGCCGCUGGCAGCGCCCCCCCCAGCUCCUGCACCACCCGGGUCCCCUCCCCUGCGAUGGCGUGGGGGCUCGAGGGGGUGGCCGGGUGCCGUGGGUGGGCAGGCGGUGGGUUGGUGAGGGGGUGCCGUGGGUGGGCAGGCGGUGGGUUGGUGAGGGGGUGCCGUGGGUGCCCGGCCGCGGGGCGAGGGUGCAUGCGAGAGCUUUGCCCGCAGCCGCACGCAGGAACUAACCGGUAGGAGCCUCCCCGGGGCUGGCCGGUCCCCGCAGACCGCCCCAGCCAGCGGUAGUUACCUCACUUGAUUAACUUAUUAACUUAUUUCUUUCAUUAAAGUUUGGAGUAGA